CGCACCACUUAGAUCACGAGCGAGCUUGGGCACAAGUGUAUUCUGUUUUGUUUACAAACAAAACACAGUAAACUUCCAAGAUGGCUGAAGAGUGGUUUUAGCAAGUUUGCCCACCUUAGGAUAUACUUCUACGCGCCUUGGAUAUACUUUAUCUACUACUCCACCUCAAUAUGAUUUAUUGUUUGUAUUGGAUAUUUUGUAGCGGGCUGUGAAUUUUCACCUUUCCUCAUUAUACUUGUGUCUUUGCGGAAGCUCAUUUUGUUGUAUGGUUUGUUUUAGAAACAAAAAGCAUAGUUUCAGAGAAAUGCACAUAAAACAGGUUAUCAUUCAAGGAUUUAAAAGCUAUCGCGAACAAACUGUUGUAGAACCAUUCGACAAGCGUCAUAAUGUUGUAGUUGGCAGAAAUGGAUCUGGGAAAAGCAAUUUUUUCUAUGCGAUUCAAUUUGUGCUCAGUGAUGAGUUUACCCAUUUGCGACCGGAACAGCGGCAAGCUUUAUUGCACGAAGGAACGGGUGCUCGGGCAAUGUCGGCAUACGUUGAAAUAAUUUUUGAUAACUCGGACAAUCGUGUACCGAUUGAUAAAGUUGAGAUAUUUCUGCGUCGUGUAAUUGGUGCCAAAAAAGAUCAAUAUUUUCUCAAUAAAAAAGUUGUUCCAAGAUCAGAAGUUGUAAAUUUACUAGAAUCUGCAGGAUUUUCAAAUUCAAAUCCGUAUUAUAUUGUCAAACAAGGUAAAAUCAAUCAAAUGGCUACUGCACCAGAUUCUCACCGAUUAAAACUGUUGCGUGAGGUGGCUGGGACAAGAGUUUACGACGAGCGAAAAGAAGAAUCGAUGAAUAUACUCAAAGAAACUGAUGGAAAGGUGGAAAAAAUAACCGAAUUUUUGAAAACCAUUGAAGAUAGAUUAAAAACACUGGAGGAAGAGAAGGAAGAAUUGAAGGAGUAUCAAAAAUGGGAUAAAGCUCGUCGCACGUUGGAAUACAUCAUACACGAAACUGAGCUCAAAGAAAAUAAAAAAGUUCUCGAUGAACUCGAGCUGCAAAGAAAAAGUUCUGGGAAUAAGCAAAAAACAUUAACCCAGGAAAUUCAGAAAGCACAGGAAAAAAUAAAAAAUAUUCAAAAGUCUCUAAAAGAUGCGAAAAAAGAGGUCUCAACAACAAAAGAUGACAAAUCUGUAUUAACGACAGAACAUCAACAACUUCUUCGAGAAAAAACCAAACUAGAUUUAACCAUUUCUGAUCUUUCGGAUGAAGUACAAGGAGACAACAAAUCUAAGGAGAGGGCUGAGCAAGAACUGGAACGUUUAAAGAUUACAAUAACGGAAAAAGAAAAAGAACUAGAAACCGUUCGUCCCAGAUAUGAAGCGAUGCGAAGGAAAGAAGAAGAAUGCUCCCGUGAGCUGAAUUUAAAGGAGCAAAAACGUAAGGAAUUAUAUGCCAAACAAGGAAGAGGAUCUCAGUUUUCAUCAAAGGAAGAACGCGAUAAAUGGAUCCAGGGAGAAUUGAGAUCUUUGAACAAGCAAAUUAAGGAUAAAAUUGCCCAUCAAUCUAAACUACAAGAUGAUUUGAAAAGAGAUGCUGCUAAACAAAAAGAGUUAGAGAAAAAGAUUGAAGAACAUACCGAAGCAUUUGAACAGUUGCGAGUUCAGAUUGAUGAACAUAAUAAACACUAUUAUGAGUUGAAGAAAAAGAAGGAUCACUUUCAAACUAUUCGAAAUGAUAUUUGGAAAAAAGAAACACAAGUUACGCAGACUAUGUCGGGAAAUAAAGAAGAGCUGGCAAAGGCGGAUCAAGCAUUGCGUUCAAUGGCAGGGAAGCCCAUACUUAAUGGACGCGAUUCAGUUCGGAAAGUUCUCGAGAGUUUCCUUGAACGUGGUGGUCAAUAUGCGGAUAUUUCCAAUGCUUAUUACGGCCCAGUGAUUGAGAAUUUCAACUGCGAUAAAUCUAUUUACACAGCCGUAGAAGUUACAGCUGGUAAUAGAUUAUUUCACCAUAUUGUUGAAUCCGAUCGUGUGGGAACUCAAAUUCUCAAGGAAAUGAAUAAACUCAAACUUCCGGGUGAGGUAACUUUUAUGCCAUUGAACCGUUUACAGGUUCGUAUACAUGAUUACCCAGAGGAUCCAGAUUCAAUCCCAAUGAUUUCCAAACUAAAGUACGAAGAACAAUACGACAAGGCAUUAAGAUAUAUCUUUGGCAAAACCCUCAUUUGUCGAAAUCUAGAACGUGCUACUGAAUUGGCAAAAAGUACGGGAUUAGAUUGUGUUACAUUAGAAGGCGAUCAAGUUUCAUCCAAAGGUUGUCUCACUGGAGGAUAUUUCAAUACUUCGCGAUCUAGAUUGGAAAUGCAGAAGAAAAGAUCCGAAUAUUUGCAAAUGAUUGAAGACUUAGAUAAGGAAUUAAGCGAGUUUAGAACCGAAUUAAAACAAACAGAAACAAAUAUAAACAGCGUGGUUUCAGAAAUGCAGAAAACUGAAACAAAGCAAGGAAAAUCAAAAGAUGCGUUCGAAAAAAUUCAGGCGGAUAUACGUUUGAUGAAAGACGAAUUAACUAGAAUCGAACGUUUCAGAAAUCCAAAAGAACGCUCCUUGGCACAGUGUAAAGCUAACUUGGAAGCAAUGAACAGCACAAAAGAUGGAUUGGAGAAUGAACUGCAUCAAGAAUUGAUGUCUCAGCUAUCCGUACAAGACCAACAUGAAGUAGAUCAACUAAAUGAUGAAAUUCGAAGAUUGAAUCAAGAGAAUAAAGAGGCAUUUACAGCACGUAUGAGCUUGGAGGUUACAAAAAAUAAGUUAGAAAACUUGCUGACUAACAAUUUGUUUCGACGCAAAGACGAACUGGUACAAGCACUCCAAGAAAUAUCAGUUGAAGAUCGCAAGCGUCAACUGAAUAAUUGCCGCAAUGAGUUAUCUUCGACCGAUAAACGAAUUAAAAAAGUUUUAACCGAUUUGGAUGAAAUUGACAAAAAGGUAAACGAAGCUGUAAAACAACAAAAGCUUCUUCAAAAAGAGCUUGAAACCUGUAUGCAAAAAGAGAAAGAAGCCCAAGAAAAAAUGGAGGAAGAUUCAAAGCGCAUGGAAAAAUGGGCGGCGAGAGAAAAUUUGCUCCAUCAGAAAAUAGAAGAAUGCACAGAUAAAAUUGCGAGCCUAGGUGCCUUACCACAAGUUGACCCAUCAUACCAACGAAUGUCACUGAAACAGGGUAUGAUUUUGUUCUAUGGACUUCCGCAAGCGGGCUCCCAGCAACAACUCCCAGUGCAACUUUUGUUUUCGAUGAUACAAGUGCGACCCUGAUUUGCCCUUUGUCGAGUAUGCGGAAAUAUGCUACAGCCGCAUAAGCUUGCUCGCUGGCAUCUACAAAUACAUGCAGCUCCAAGGACUUGUAACUGUCGAUGUCGUAUCCUGGAAAAUAGCAACGGGGUAUGCACAAUCCGUCCAUUUUCUUGAGCACUGAAAGCCAGUCCCACCAACGCAUUGCAAUCCCCUCUGGUAUCUUUUCAUCCCACGCAGUUUCUGCCCUCCAAACAUCCUGGAUAAGUAUCUUCCCGUGAACCACAAACGAAGCUACAAGACCCAGUGGAUCGUAUAUGCUCAUUACUACUUUCAGCAUUUCUCUUUUUGUAGGAAUCCGGUUAGCUUCCACCAGACCUUUAAUAACGUCGCAAAACUGCAUGGAGAAUGUGAAGACAUCUUCUUUUUGCAACCACGCUAUUCCCAAAACUCGAUUGAGUCCCGUCUCCUUUUCCGGUAACAGGGAUUUCGAUGGUUUUAAGUUCGUCUCUCCUAGUCUUCCGAGUACGCUUCGGUUGCUCGACAUCCAAUUUCUAAUAUGAAACCCUGCUCGCUUAUGCACUUCGAUUACUUCCAUCGCCACUGCCACCGCUUCUUCCGCUGUAUCGAAACUGUCCACGUAGUCAUCCACAUAAUGUCGUUUCAUGACAGCCGUGGCUCCUCUCGGUAGUUCCAACUCUUGCUCCGAGGCAUUCAGGUUUUUGAUGUACUGAGAGUGCGCUGGAGAGCAGGCCGCUCCGAAUAUUGCCACGCCAGAUACCAUGAUGUUCAUCGGCAAAUCCGGUGAAUCUCGAUACGGAAACAGCAACGCACUACGGUCUUCCUCGCGAAUCAAUAUCUGCAAAAACAUCUCCUUCACGUCUGCUGAUACAGCCACUUCCCGCUCUCGGUACGGAAACAAUACUGAGAGUAGCGGUGUCAUGAGAUCCGGUCCUUUCAGAAGCACUGAGUUUAAGGAUACGCCUUCAACUUUUGACGCCGCAUCCCAAAUAACUCUGACCUUUCCUGGUUUCUUCUUAUUCAUUACGACUCCGAUAGGAAGGAACCAGGUGCGUCGUAGAUCGAAACUAUCCAAUUCUUUCGCAGUUGCCUCGUGAAUGUAGCCUUUCGCUAUAAAAUCCGCUAUCUGAUGACGAGCGCUUUCAUAUAACUCCGGGCUUCGAGCUAAACGCUUUUCCAGGCACUUGAAACGAUGUUCCGCCAUUGGUCUGCUGUCCGGAAACUCAAUGUAGUCGUGCUUCCAAAGUAAUCCUGUCUCAAACUUACUACAGCUGGUUCGACGAGUGGUUUCUUCGAGAAUCUUGUACGCUCGUUGCUCGUUGCACUCCUUUAACCGCUGGAACCACUGCUACACCUAGGCUUUCAACAUCGAAAAAGUGGCGGACGUACUCGUGAAGGUCUACAUCCGAUUGCGCUUCACACAUAUGUAGCUGUCGACGAGGAAUGCCUACUUCUGAUUUCCGUAGAUUUCCACAUACUGUCCAACCGAUCCUAGUCUUAGUUGCGAUCGGCUCAUUCGACCUUCCAUCUCGAAGCUUCAAGGUAGCUAGUAGGUGGGAACUACUAAGUCCUAUCAAUAUUCCUGGUACAGCGGAUUUGUAGUUUUUCACCGGAAGUUUACUAAGGUGGACGAAUCUUGUUGCGAGUUCUUCGAAAUUCAACGUUUGUUGAGGGAGUCCCAAGCUGUUCACCGUGUACGCCUGCGAUACCUUGAACCGUUUUUUUUCCCAGCUCCCGAAAUUUUCAAGUUUACUACCUCCGACCCUGCUAUAUUCUUGGUAACACCUCCAGUCCAUUGCAGACACAACGAUUCUAUCCUGCCUUGAACCCCUAUCUUCUCUGCGAUUGUUCUUUCGACGAGUGUCACCGAGGAUUAAUCAUCCAGGAAUGCAAACGUGUCAACUUGUCCUUGUCCAACUUGUCGGAACAGCGUCGAUGAUGUAAGUUGAUGAUGUAUCGUAACUACCGCACUCGUAGAUUCUUUGUUCGAUUUCGACUCGACUCGACUCGACUGUGGCUCAAAGUGCAGAAGACGAUGAUGCCGUUUCGGGCAUUCAUUAAUACUACAUACCUCGCCCUUACACGGCCAACGUGCGUGCGAAGUGAGACAUCGUGCACAAAGCUUAUGUGCUUUGACCGAUUUCCAGCGAGCGUCCAAAUCUAAUACUUUGAAGGCUGCACAACUUCCAAUUUGGUGACCGGCUACAUUGCACAUUGGACAGAAUUUGCUGCUCGAAUUUGUUUGCUUCGAUUGCUGUGGUUCUUCCGAUGAUUUCUCCGGGUUUCUCGUUCUAGUUGGCUCUUCACGGUACUUUGACUGCUUCGGUUCAGAUAUCAUGUAUGUGUUAACGUAUGAUUUUUGCUUAGGUUUACUUCCGUCUUCUUUUACAGCUUUUGAUGAAAUGCUGACAAGCUGGGUCACGCCACUUGCGGCUGACGAUAUUUUUGCCAUGUAACCGCUGAACACAUUUAGGUCUACUACUGGAACUUGUUCCUGAUAAAGCGCCCAACUGAAUUUUGCCGUUGCUGGUAACUUGUCGACGAGUUCCUGAAGCAGAAUGGGAUUGGACAAGUGCCUUUCCAACCCGACUGCUUUCAAAUGACCACAAAGAUUUUGCACAACCAGUCCGAAACUCACCAGGGUUUCCAAUCGAUCUCCUCUAGGAGCGGGUGUUGAUCGUACCUUAGCGAUCAUAUUGUUCACGAUCUGUUCCGGACGGUCAUACAACUGUUGGAGCGUGGAAAUAAUCUCAGGUACCGUUGACGGGUGCAACAAGAAGCUGCUGACUGCAUCCUUAGCGGCCCCUUUAAGACUGCGUUGCAACCGUAGAAGGUUUUCUGCGUGGGAGUAGCCACAUAUCUCCGUCGAGUGCUGGUAGCUACUAAUAAAAAGCGGUCAAUCUACCGGAUCUCCAGAAAAGACUGGCAGUUCCUUGGUGACCACUUGUCUGGCUGCUAAUUGCUGAGAAGAUGGCCCUGUAUACCCAACUGUUGGAUUCGGAACACCUUGGUUUGGGAACAACUCAGGAUGAAUUUGCGGAACCCCCGUAUCCCCUCUAAUCUUCUGUGGCUUAUUCGAAAAAAAGUCAUUCACAUAGGACAGAGGAGGUGGUGGAAGAGGAGGACUUCGAUACUGACUGUUCCCUAUCAUAUCACAAAUCCUAGUCUUUUUAUCAACAUUUUGUGUAACUAACGGUGGGCUAGUGUAGCCACUUACCGAAGACUGUUUAUCGUUAAACUCAUGACAUACGUUCUGCAUCUGGUGGAACUCGUCUCGUAAAGCCCAGUAGUCCUUCUCCGCCUUAGUUCGCAGUCGCAUCUCAUCCUGAUUCUGUUGACUAGCAGCCGCUAAUUUGGACUGCAAAUGUUGUUCAUUCGCCCGCAGCCGUUGUAUCUCUCUCGCUAGGUCACUGUUCUGUUUCUGCAAUGUAGCAUAAUCCUUCUUGAGUUGCUCGAGUUGUUGUCGCAGAAAACAUUCCGCUUCUUGUAGUUUCUUCAUCUCCUCUGCGUGUCUGAUUUCAGUGUACUUUAUGGUAUCUUGCACUGCCGUUAACUGAAGUCCACGACUGUUCAGCUGAUUGCGAAGAGUUGUUUCUGAUUAUUUUCUCCGCUUCAGUUCAUCGACGUGCUGAACUUCCAAUAUUUUUAUUUUCUCGAUCAAUUCCAAUUCUCGCUCCCGACUUGUAGCAAUGUCCAACUCAUGCUUCAACUUUAACUCCUGGACAUAUUCCGCGAUUCGCUGCAACUCAGUGGCAUGUUGCUUAUGAAUCCCAGCGAUUUCGGAACACAAUUUUUCUUGCGUAACAAUCCGACUCGCUUUAGGAUCUGUCCCGGUUCGAGAAACAACGUCCUCUACCUCGAGAAGAUCUUCAAAGGGCUUCAGAUCGACAAAUGGCAUGUCAAAUUGAUUCUUAUGCUGGCUAAUCUGAGCGAUGGCCAAUCCGCUAGCGUUCUCGGGCGAAUGCGCUAAUUCUUCACCUACCGUGCGGCUUUCCAACGUACCAAGGGUUGAUUCUACCUCUAACCGCUUAUCAUCUUUUGGGGUCGAAGAGCAGUGUACAGCUUUGGGAAUGCCAAAUGCAUUUUGAGAUACGCUAGUAUCCACAGACGUUGAUGUAGGUGUCUGUCUUCACCCAUUCUUCCGUCCUCCUCGCACUUCCCUGGCUACUCCGUAAACUACGUAUGCUUCUUGCCUCUUCAUCGUCUCGUCGACGCAGCAACUCAUGCUUUCGCUCGAUGAAUUGCUUGCCUCGUUCAAGCUUUUCCUGACGCCUUUUCCUUCGCAAUUCGUUCCAUACUUAGUUCAUCCACAAGUCGGCGUUCUUCCUCCAGACGGUCCAAAUCACGGUUGAUUCUGGCUCUGCGAAUGCUAGAUGUACUUGAUAUCCCACUAACGAUACUCGGUGCUGGAUCAGGAAUUCGAGGAACGCAUGCCGUACAUGAGAAACUUGUUGAACGUACCGUAGCAAUGUUGACGUUGGCACACGAGAAAUGGUACCACCGAUUGCAGUUCUGGCAUUCAACCAUGAACCGUUCCGCAUCAUUCGAACGAUCGCAACCAUUGCAAUCAUGAUUUUCUCCGCCAAAGUGGUCUUCAAUAGAAGCCUCGAAUGAAUCUCUCGAGCGGAUCGAUAUCGGAUCAUCUUCAUAAUUCUGGAGGGGAGCAUUUGCCUGCUCCAUAGCUCUCGUUCUCGAACGCGUUUGCCGGACAUUCGACUGGAAUUCCAUGACUAUUCGGAUAAAUUCUUGAAGAAUUUGUUGAGACAGAUUUAUCGGAGUUCUCCCAGUGAAUAAAAACAGCUCUUUUCCGAGUGUUAAUCAGCUUCAAGCUACAAUUUAAUUCAUGAAAUAAAGGUUCACAAUAAUGUAUCGAAACAACUUACAAUUUAGUCUCCGAUUGUAGUAACAAAUUAAAGAAUCCAAAAAGUACUUAUUUCAGCAAAGUUUUCUAGUCUCGUCAGAUUUAGAAAUAUAUAUAUAUUGUUUACAAUUCUUCGUUUAACUCUUCUUUCUCAUUCCUCUUCCUCGCUUAUCAUCACCUCUGACAGUUGUAGUUUAGGGUUUAGCCGUUAGUGGGUGAUGGUGCGUAAGUAUCGUUUUUGAGGAGCUGUUUCGGCGAACACCAUGUGUUGUUUUGCAAUAGGACAUGUAGGCCGCCGCUUAAGCCGUACCGUUUUCGAAGGUCCGCAGUUCGAAUGCAUUACAUUAGAAUAUACCCCACUGUCAGGCGGGUGCCGCAACAGGUGGGGACGCUUCUUUCCUCGGGAGAAGUUAGGGAUCAGUGACGUAUGGUCGAUACGAAGACAUGAGCGAAUUCAUUGUUUUGGAUCUGGCCUUCUACUUGCCGGUUGAUGCCUUAAUUUUACCGCAAGUCCUUUUUCCGAUUCCAUUCAGCCCCCCGAGCGAGUAGAAUGGAAGGUUCGCUCUUCUAAUGAGGUUCUUACCAGGUAUACCCAUACUGGUAAUGGAGCCUAUUCGUCCUUCAUUAGCAAGUCGGUUGGCUUCCUCGUUCCCAGUGUAACCCGAAAUCCAACAAAGGGUCAUUCUAUUACCCCUCAUUUGCACUUUAAUUUUUUGAAUGAUGGGAUUUUUAAUUUUCCCACUCUACAGCCUUAAGGACACUGCCGAGUCCGAACAAAUAACCACGCUAUUAGUAUUUGUGAUGAGCUCUAAUGUCAACGUAAUGGCGAGAGCUCCACACGAGAAACUCAUUGCACAAUGGUCCAGGAGGUGCAUUUAAAUGGAAAUUAGCAUCUAGAGCUCGACAGUUAUUCUCUAGACAAAAACUGUCUUCGACAAAGUUGUUGCAUAUGAUAGAGCGCUUCUUUUGAUGUUGUCAAAAAUAGGAUGACCAACAUUUACGAUGAAAUAAAAAUUCUAACUUUCUUAUCUUUAUAGAUAGAGGUAAACGUAGUUCUACAAUGUUAUUGAGGAAAACUUUUUAGAACAAAGUUUUUUUUCUAUCUCUUGAAAUAACCGAUAUAGCGCUUUUUUCUCUGUUGCGUUAGAGUCACCAUGAAAAAAACGUUUUUUUUGCUCAUAACUUUUAUAUUGCAAAUUUCACAUACGAACUGUCUUCAGAAGACUUUGAGAGCUUGCUGAGAUAAACAUUUUGCGAUGCAGAACUUGUCAAUAUCUCAACCCUACUCAAAGUUAUUGAUAUUUCUUCCCAAAAAAUAAUAUUCUCUUCAUUCGCUUGUAAUUCUUUUUGGGGCAAACAUAAAAAAUGUUCGUUGACGGCAUUUGAAAGAGCAUACUUGAGUCCACAUAAUGUGAGAUUUCCAAAAUUAUGUUAUUUUUUGUAUUUGAGUUAACUAAAAUUGAUAUCAGGAGUUUUUGGGUGAAAACCCAUCAAUAACUUUGAGUAGUAUCAAGGUAUUGACAAGUCCUGCAUCGCAAAAUGUUGGUCAUGAUAAGCUCUAAAAGUCGUCCAAAUGCAAUUUUGAUGCAGAGGUUGAAAUAUAAAAGCAAAAAACCCAUUUGUUUCAUGGUGACCGCAACGCAACUUAGAUAGAAAGCGCUAUAAAAAACUUUACGGAAGAUCUUUAUUCUCUAGACAAAAAUUGUCUUCGACAAAGUUGUUACAUGGUACAGUGGUACAAUGCUCCUACAGAAGAAGAUGUUGUUACAUAUGAUAAGGCGCGCAUUUUCAUGUCAUCAAAAAUAGGGUGACCAAAAUUUUGGAUGAAAUAAAAAAUCACACUUUCUUAUCUUUAUAGAUAGAGGCGAAUAUAGUUCGACAAUAUUUCAUUAGGAUAACCAUGAAAGAACAAGGAACGACUUUUAGAGCUUAUCAAGACAAAUGUUUUACGAUGCAGAACCUGUCAAUAUCUAAAUCUUACGUGAAGUUAUUGAUGCUUCUUCACAUAUGAUGGAACGGCAAUCGUGGAACUUUUUUGAAAUAGAUUAUAUUAUAUAGGAAUAGAUUCUGAUGUGAAUCUCCUGUAUGGGAUUUCGAAUUUUUUGAUUCAUCACUGGUUACCAGACUGUAAAGCGAGUUAUCGCUUAUCUCCAGUAUAAAAUGAGACAAUCCGGCUCUGUAAUAUUUGCGUCUGCCUCAAAUGAGUGAUAGGCCAUCUUGUGAGAUGCGUAACCAGUGGCGUUGAGUGAAGCUUCCGCACCCAGGGCGGUAGAGUCGAUUCUGCAGAUCCAUUGAAUAACUUUGAUUGCAUCUAUACCACUUGUAGAACAAUUAAGCAUCGAGAGAGAAAAUAGCUGCCAUUUUUCUGUCAAGAAUGCAAACAGUGAGGGAACAAAAUUGAAUCGCAAUUGAUAAUAGGAAAAAUAAACUAACUUUGGAUAACCUGGACGGAGCGUCUUUUGACGUAGAACUUCGUCUGCUGUGGCAAAUUUUCAGUCUCGCUCUAUACUCAAAGCAACGAACAUCGCUGUCUUGUUCUGCGUCAUCACAUGACUUUUCCCUUGACCUGUGGAUGCGACCAAAUUACUCACUCGCUGAGCCAGUUAUUGCAUCAAACUGACGCCAUGCCGUUAAUGUUCUGAGCUACAAAAUUGUGUGGGAAAUCGUCAUGCUAGGUCAUCGUUGGCUCACCAAUAAAAUGAACAUCGUUCUGAAAUUUUGUGUGUAAAUGGGUUUGAGUGCCAAUGGCAAGGUUUUUUCCACUAAGGAUGGUAGCUAUGCCAAUCUUGGGCAUUAGAAAGUAAUGCAAUUCUUUUCUGUUGAACGAACGAGAGUUAUGUCCACGAGUGAAAAUAAACUAACACCGGAAAAACGUUUUAAUAAUGAUUUUAUUUAAACGAUCUAUAUAUGUCGGUAGUUUCAAUUCAAGUGAAAAGUUUAAUAAAAAAUGGCUGUUGCAGUAGCGCGUGUAACUCAUUGUACACCUUCGAACAGAUACGAUGAAUAGAUGAUAGAUGAAUUUCAUGUCUAAAGACGACGCUCGUACACACAGCUCGUCGCGCGGAUGUCGUCUAUAGACGACACUCGUACACACAAGACGUUGCGCGGAUGUCGUGUAUAGACGACGCUCGUAACGAAAGGGUUAAAGGAUUUUUCUGACUUGCAAAUAUAUCAAGAGAUUGAUUAUAUUAAAAAUUAAAUAACUUCUUUGCUAAAUUUUCAUUCUAGCCUUAUUAAUUGGUUA